GGGGGGCGAGACCCCCCCCGCGCCCCUCCCCCGCCUGCCCCUCCCCCCCCGCACGCGGCUCUUCGUGGAUCGGGCCCUGAGGGAGCGCGAGGACGCCCCCCGGAUGCACGGGUGUUUCCAGCAGGAUUUGGGGGGGCUGCGCCUCGGGGCCGCGCGGGGCCUGGCCCGAGCCCUGGGGGGGGGCGCCGCCCCCAAAGGGGGAUCACCCCCUCACCCUGACGGCCACCGUGCAGGGGCUGGGGCCCCGCCUGCGCCUGACUUUGGGGGUGCUGCUGCCAGGGGGGGCCCCCCCGACCCCCAACCUGGUGCUGCUGCUGCGCUGCCACCCCCACCCGAAACGGCUGCAGCCCCCCUGCAUCAAGGUGCCGCUGCUGCUGCCGGGGCUGCGCUUCCAGUUCGGGACCUGGCUGGAGCCGGGGGGGGGCCCGGGGAGGCUGCAGGUGCUGGUGCUGUGCCCGGGCCGGGAGGGGCCGGUGCUGACGGCCCAGGUGGGGCUGCCCCCCGUGGCCACCUGAGCGCACCUGGGGGCACCUGGGGCACCUGCCCCUGGCACCUGGGGCACCUGAGGGCAUCUGUGUCACCUGCGCCACCUGCACCUGAGAGACACCCGUGUCACCUGUCCCUGGUGUCACCUGCGCCACCGGCACCUGGCACUGGCUCAUCGUGUCACCCCUGCCCCGUGUCACCAGCACCUGGCACCGUGCCAGCCCUCACCUGUGUCACCUGUGACCCCUCACCUGUGGUACAUCUUUGUCACCUGUGUCACCUUCUCUGGUGUCACACCUGUCCCCUCACCUGUCACCCCUCCCGUGUCACACCUGUCCCAGGUGUCACCUGUCCCCUCACCCGUGUCACACCCGUGUCACACCCAUGUCACACCUGUGUCACACCUGUCCCCUCACCUGUUCCGGCCCUGGUGCCUUUUGCCUUUAUUGAGCCACGACACAAACCCAGCGGGGGCUGA